AUCUUAUUCAAGCGUAACACUUCCGCUCUUACUUGGAGAGAGUUGGUAGAACUACUUCUCUCACUGAAGUCGGUGAACCGAGAGAAAGUGUUUGUGGUCCACAGACACUACAUCACAAGGAGAGUGUAGUCCUCCUUGUUAAUAAUGGCAGUAGUACAUGGAGUGAGGGCUCUCCUCAGCCUCCAUCGAUCCGCGUUGUUUCAGCGCAGCUUUAGGCUCAUUCCAGUACAACUGACAUCAACCUGCCUUCCCACCAGGCUUUGCAGUGCUACUACUAAAAGUAAAAAGGCAAACCUGGAACAGAAGAAGGCCAAUAAAUCUAUACUGGACAACCUGCAUCUCAUGGGAGUUGAUGUGGAGAUGGCAUGCCAGCGUCAGCCUGGCGUGUUUCGUAAAAACUUCACCAAUGAGCAAGGUCUCGCUCAGUUUCUGCAAAGCAAAGGUGCCACCAGCGAGGAGAUUGCAAGCAUCAUAUCCCGUUUUCCCCGCGCCAUCACCCGCUCGACUGAACACUUGGAAGAGCGCUGGGAGCUGUGGAGAAAGAUCUUAAACAAUGAUUCAGAAAUUGUGAGUGUCUUGGAGCGCUCACCUGAGGCUUUCUUCCGGUCCAGUGAUAAUAAGAACUUUGAGAAUAUCAUUACUUUUCUGACCUCGCUGGGCUUCACAACCAAAGACCUCGAACGGCUGCUGCUCAGAUCGCCGCGGAUAUUCAGCUGCAGUUUAGCGCUCAUCAGGCAGAAGGUGAAGUUUCUGAAUGACAUCUGUGUCGAACUUGGUGGCACGAACCCAGAGCAAUUCACCAAAACCGUCCUGAGCAGAAACGCUUUCAUCUUCAGCGACAGCAUCAAGAGAAUCAGGAUGAACAUUGAUUUCCUAAGAACUUAUCUUAAGUUGGGCAACUCAGAGAUGCUUUCUUUCAUUCAAGGCUCUGCUACAAGAAUUCUGGUCCUUUCCACUGAAUAUAUGCAAAAAAAUUUAAACAGUGUCGAGCAGAUGAUGGUUUCACUUGGCUGCCAGAAAGCUGACAUACAAAAACUGAUCCACACCUAUCCAGUGGUUCUGUACAUUAGGCCAGAGACACUGAGUUCUAAGCUGGAGUGUCUCCUAAAGGUAGGAAUCACACUGGAGCAGAUUCUGGAGACGCCGAAGGUUUUAGACUACAGCACACAGACCAUUUUAGGGCGACUGGAGCUGCUGCAAGAGGUGGGAUAUAACUUCCGGGUGAAUGGCAUCAGUGUCCUCGACAAUAGCCAAAAGCGAUUUCUGGCUAAGAUAAAAAAAAUUAAAGUAUGACUGUUACAUAAUGUUGGAUGCUACUUGUACUUGGCUUCAGCAUAAUCAGGUUUUUUGGGUUUUUUUUGUUCUGUUCUCACUAUUGAUUAAACCGUUCUCUAACAGCUCUAAUAGGUUUUUAUUGAGAAGAAUGUUAUUUUUGUAAAAAAUAUUUUUUUGUCCUGGUCGAAGUUUUAUAUAUUACAUGUUGGAGAGUUUUUGUAAUUUAUGUGAAGACGCAAACUUGUAAUAAAAGUGAAAUCCUAAAAAAAAAAAACAUCUAACUACA